AUGGCCCCCGCUGUUAUAAUAGAUCUGACCUCGUCACCGGAGCCGGACGACCACCUGCAGAAACCAUCGAAUCUCGCCUUAUUUGCACCUCGUAAGGAUGGCGCACCGCGGAAGAAAAGCACGGAUAUUUGGUCAAGUGCAGAAGAACAACAUGUGUCAACGCUGAAUGGCACGCCAAAAGACCUGAAGAGGAGCACUGCGGCGGCAAUCGUGACAACCCCGCACGACGACGAAGGAUACUCGACCCAGAAUCCUUCAACAGAUCAGGCGCUUGCGGGGGAAGUCAGGGACGCUGUCCUGGGAGGCUUGCGCAAUACUACGAAUGGACAUCGAGGAUUGCCCACGACGCAUAGCCGCAGGCCAAUCGACCGACGCGAGGACGUGCAUCAUCCGAAGGCUGGCUCUGGUCCGAGCAGCAGAAACAAUGAUGCUGGAGCUUUGCCGGGUACAGCGACUGGACAUCAGGGGCUUUCUUCUCACGUGCGAAACCGGAAAGCCGAUACCACACAUACCAUGGCCGCAAACUCCCCGUUUGCUCAUGUCCAGGCCUCAACGCAGCAAGUCGCACCACCUUCGUCACUUUAUGGAUUACAGACCUUCGUAUCGGAAACGAGCAACAACUCAGGGUCAAUUGACGCCCGAAAACGCCGCCGGACCAUCGUCAGCCCUUCGAGAACUGCAAGCGACGCCAAGCGAAUCAAACUCGAGAGAUUACUACCGGGCGUGCCAAAGCGCAGGAAGGUUCAACUCAACGAUGUCACGAAUUAUGCACAAGAGGAGAGAAUCAGUUACAGCGAGAGUCCCGACAUCGCCCCUACGGAGCCUGUCAAUGAAACGAUCGCAGUUGCCUUUCCGCGCUCGCAACGACAUGUAUCUGACGAUCUUUCUCGAGGUCCCAACAUGAGCGGGCAGCGUUGGACUGCGCAAGAAGACGCGCUCAUUCUUCGUCUUAGGACUGCGCAGAAUUUUGACUGGCACGAGAUAGUCCCUCGGUUCAAUGGUCGCACCUCUGGUGCGCUGCAAGUCAGAUUCAGUACGAUCCGACCACGGGACCAGACCGCGAGACUUCGGGCUGCAGAUCGACUUGGCUCGCCAGGCCUCGGAAUUCCUGGUCGCAGCCAAAGAGUGCGAAAAUCUCACAUGCCUGUGGGACACAAAUCGUGGAAAGAGGUUUCGAACAAGGAGACCAGUCCUGACUUUCCUGCGCCAGGUGCCAAUCUUGAGAGGCAUUUACCUACAGCACAACUGCAACAAGAUCGUGCGUUUCCAAGCUCGACUAGCCGUAUACUCCGCCAGCGAGAGCUAGGAUGUACGUCAGGCCGAUCAUGGAGUUGUGCAGCUCGUUCCGUAGGAGAUGAGGUCAAAGAGAACGUGCACAAAGGCUACUCUCUUCGGAAACACUACCACGGUACAUCUGGUGAUGCUAUUUCGCUGGCAUGGAACCCAACUGGCACUCGUUUCGCCGUCGGAUCGAUCGCGAUUUCCGAUUCUUCUAGCAUGCAGUACAAUAUGCCACGCAACCUCGUAGUGGGCGAUCAUGAACAACUAUUGGAGCUGGCCGACCACCACGUACCGCGUCCACCAAUCGAAUCAACGGACAACGUCAAUGCGCAGCACUCCAUGCGAUCCUCCCAAGAUCCCAGGCUCUUCCUCUCGGUCACCGCAGCAGCCUUCUCUCGGCACGACGAUACGAAACUCUACACUGCUAGCGCGGACAAGACUGUCAGGCACUACAAAGUGGGUACAGAUGGCAUUGAACACCAAUAUGUCAUCAAGCAUCCCGCUUCGGUUGAUCUGUUGACAGUUGGCUCUAAUGGCUUAGUCGCAUCCGGGUGCCAUAAGUUGUCGAAGAACGUGCUUGUCUUUCAAUGUCAUGGUGACCGGUAUGAAGGAAAGCUGGGAUUAUCGCCUCAGCAAGCUGAUCUUCACUCGACGGCGGCGUUCCCAUCGGCGCUGAAAUGGGGCGAGCACUCCUUCCAUGGCAAUCUUCUCUUGGCGGGCUACUCAGGUGACGAAGAGAAGCAGCACGCGGGAGAAACGUGCCUGUGGGACGUCCGCACAGGUCAGCAGUUGCACCUCAAUGCUGUAACGCGCAAUGUCUUUGACGUUGCAUGGAAUCCGAACGCAAGCUCCGCAUCGAACGCAUUCGCGGUGGCCUGCAACUCUACAGGCUGCAAUGUUGGGAAGGGGAUGCGGACAGUCAUCCAGUGCUUUGCUCCGGGGCAAAAUGGUGGCCGCCGAACUUUGACAUGGGAAUGUCCUGCAUUGGACAUCAACAAUGUUGUAUUUUGCCCGCACGACGACAAUUUGAUCGCGGCAGGAGCUACUGAUGGCACGGUCUACGUUUGGGACCAGCGGUGGGCCAACAGGUCGCAGAAGCCACUUCACGUCCUUGCUCACGGCGAGUCAAUCAAUGUGCUGUCGCACGAUCGACCAAGAGACAUUACCGACACCGGCGUGCAAUUCCUUUCCUGGGGUUCAACCAAAUCGCGAUUGUACACAGGAUCUUCGGAUGGAGUGGUCAAAGUUUGGAAUCCGCACAGAUCAGAGGAGAACGCAUUUUUAGAGGACAUCGCAGCGCCGAGACAGCACAGGUCCGCGGUUAUGUCGGGUGCAUUUAGCCCGGACUACCGCGAACUACUCAUUGGCACAGAGAAUGGCCGCAUCAAUCUCUUCGAGAUCGGCGGCGAUUCACUGCCUGCUCAACCUUUCAAGUUGGCAUCUGCACCUAACCCCAAGCAAAGUCAGGAUCCACUGGAUGCUGCUCGUGGUCUGUUAAGUUCUGGCGCCAUCGAACUGCGACCAUGUGGAGCUAUGCCGUUCCGACAGGCUGUUCAAGGGCCGAAAUACGCUGGUCCUUUCUUGAAGCCUGGCCCUGAAAGCUACACGAAAGCCGAAGAACAAUAUGCUGCCGCGUUGUCGGCACAAACUGCGUUGUCUGCGCGCAAAGCGCAGGAGUAUUUCGGCGUAGCCUCCGAGAUGGAGGACGACGAAGAGAUGCACAAGGCUGACCUUCGAGUGCGAGCUGCUCAGGACUUAUUGCACGACCUGCAGAUGCGCUCCGCAUAUCAUAGGCAAUGUGCUCCCAGGGCCGCAGAGCUUCAGCAGACACUCCUACACGCAGAGACCGCACGACGGGAGCUGCUAAGACGCGCCAACACAGGUGCAGUCGAAGCUUGCGAGCUUAACUGCGCAGUUCUGCCCGGCGAACGAGACAUCGAAGACUCGAGCCGAUCGGAUCUUCGCAUUCCGGGCUUCCUGCGCUGGACGAUGACGGCGAACCGAGAUGUCGACUCAGAAGAAGCAAUUGCGGCCUGUUCUGGCUGCAACCCAUCCGUCCCUCUUAUGCGCUGGACCCGCAAGAACGACGACUGA